AUGCUCCGAGAAAUACAGCAGGUGCUGAGGUUGGUGAAGCUUCUGGGAAAGAAAAAACAACAGUGUGGUUCAAAGACUGCAGGGGGGCUUUUGGUUCUUCUGUGGACUGACACAGGAGCUUCUGUUCAGUGUUUAAACUGCACUGUUGCAGCUGCUGGUCCCUGGUGCACAGGGAUUAAGAUGGCAGCGCUCCAACCGGUUCUGACAGAUUUGAAGGAGAGCAUGUUUCCCUGCGCGUGGCCGUGUCCUCAGCCUGACCCCGAGGAGCUGUGUGACUUCACUGAUCUGUAUGGUUCCCUCAGACUCCUCUUGUCGUUUCAGAUGAAAGAUGUGAGGCUUUUCAGUCCCGAGUGGUGUUCUCGUGUAGAGGCGCUCCUACACACAUUCAGUUUGACUAACGCAAGGAUCAAAAUCCACCUCAAAUUCAAGUUCAGUCAGCAGACCUUCCAGCGAGAAUUUAGAGGGAAGAUCAAGAGUAAAGUUACAUGGGCAAACCAACCACCACUGAGCUUGGAUGUCACCUCUAGUACACAGCCUCCAGAGUGUGUGAAGAAAGGAUGCUGGUGUGAGGGAGGACACCCUGUCGUUGGAAGCAGGUUGCCACUCAGUAUCCCACCUGAAGCCAUGGACCAGGGCCUGUUCGGGGAGCUCAGCAUCCAACCUGUCACACUUCUGACCCCCUGUGUGCUGCAGUACCCCAAUCUAGCAACACAACUCACUCACAUACAAAUAUCCUUUGCUGAUUUUUUUAUCACAUUUCUCCCCAGUAAUGUUCCUGUCACAGGCCCCUCCACCUUCUUCCAGAACCUCCCUGCACAUCUGGACUGUGAGGAACUAGGCCUGCCAGGCCUUCGCUGCUCCUUCUUCAAAGAUCGUGUACACAGCGGUGGCACUGUGUACACAGUAGAGCAAGAAAACUGUGAGGAUCCAGAGCAAGAAUCAAAUCUUCCCCGAAUGAACCAGAGUCUCCUGCUUUUCCUCUUCCUGCAGCACAGUGACCCAUUCACCCACCAGCUCUCUGAUAUUAUGGCCACAGAGGCGCUGUUAGAGCACCACCUGGAGGAUAUUCUGAACAACAACAGAAAGGCAGUCACAGCAGCCCUUCAGACUGAGCUGAAGAACACACUGAAAGCCCAAAAUCGCAGAAAAAAGGACCAAGAGAAGCUGCGUUCAGCUGCUAAAGUGAUUAUCAGUUCAUCCAUCAGUAUUGUGAGCUGCAGCAGUAACAUGGACUUCAGAAAUGCCUGUCUGAACAGCAUGAAGGUGCGUGACACUCAUGACCUGUCAGCCUCCCUCCGUGAAUCCCUGAGCAGGGUGACAUCAUGGAAAUUCGUUCGCAGCAGCAGGUGCUACUCUGCUCAGAUGGAAGAACAUCCUGAGAGUGACGAACCCACAAGAACAGAAAUCUGAGAAUGUCUGAGUUUGUGUUGAAAGGUUGAGGGCUGUGGAAUCCGUUAACACUGGAAUGAGUACAUAGUACAACACUAUUUUAUAGUAGUGUGGUGGAAGUGCAUGUUGUAAAUGUGCUGGAGAUAGAAAUACAUAUUUAACUUAUAUAUAUAUAUUUGACUAAAAAAGGCAUAGUUUUAUUAUAGUUUGUAGGAUGGGAUUGUUUUUUUAACACACUUCUCGGAUAGAAAAUGUUCCAAAAUGAAUCUACAUUCAACUGAUCACCUUUGUUAUUUUUUAUUUUGU